CGAUAAAACCAGCCGCCUGCAAAACAGUGCGAUUCUGGACGCCGACGAACGCAGAUGGAAAACCCAGUUUAAUUGGAAGGAAACACGCAGUGAUAUACACACACAUCAAUUAAGUUCCCCAUCAAAAUCAUUGGAUACGCAACACGCAAUUUAUUAAUAUUAAUUCAAAAUGUCCGCCGAAGGUGAAAAACCGAAAGUUGAAGAAGUGGCCGAGGCUGUCGCGAGUGUUAAAUUGGAAAAUGGCGACGCGAAAACUGAACAAAAGGCCGAAGCAGGACCAACGUUUACCGAACAGUUUAGAGCUUUCUCCAAGUUUGGCGACCUCAAAUCGGAUGGCAAAACAAUCACUCUCUCACAGAGUGACAAAUGGAUGAAACAAGCCAAAGUCAUCGAUGGCAAAACAAUCACGACGACGGAUACUGGUAUUUACUUUAAGAAAUUGAAAUCGUUGAAAGUCUCCAUUACGGACUACAAUAAAUUCCUGGAGGAUUUUGCAAAAGCAAAGAAGGUUGAAGUGAAAGAUCUUAAAAAGAAGAUGACAUCUUGUGGAGCUCCAGGACAUUCUGGAGCAUCAGCCAAAUGUUCAGCAAACGAUACAGUACAACGUUUGACAGACACAUCAAAAUACACAGGCACACAUAAACAACGUUUUGAUGACACUGGUAAAGGAAAAGGUAUCAGUGGACGAAAAGACCUUCCAGAUAAUUCUGGUUAUGUCAGCGGUUACGCAAACAAAGAUACAUUUGAUAAGAAAACCGAAUCUUAAAAGUCUUCAUCUAUCAAACGCUAAAAGUUCAACAUUACAUACGAUAUUUUUAACAUUGUUAUUAAAAUAUUCAAAGUCUAUAUCUAUCUACAUCUAUAACAAAUCUAGUUCUUCUAUACAUUUCACGUACAUGUGAUUGUGCACAAAAAUACUAAAGAUUUGUUAAUGGUAUGAAUGAAUCAAAAAGAAAGCAUUUAUAUUUUCUUGAUCGAAGUAUUUUAAUGACAUUUUACGGAUGUAUUUAUUUACAUUUUACAAUUUUUUGACAAAUAUAGUUUAUAUAUUUUUCUGUGAUUCUUGUGCAAACAAUAAUGGUCAUUGUUAGUGUUACGGUCAGGAUCGCUUAUGGUAGCAAGAUAUUAACGCAUUUUGAACGUAGAGGAUGUUUAAUUUUAAGAACAGAUGUUGAGCACCAAUGCAAAUAAAGUACCUUCAACGUGA